AUUGCUUAUUAUUUUGUGCUAAACUCAUAAUUAUGCUAGAUCUCCUUCCUUGUUUCAAACGCUACCGUUGGGUCUCUUGCUCUCUCUGAUUCGGUUGACUGCAAACCCUAUGAACAGCUGAGAACAACAAUGAGGGCCGGCAAUUACUCAGAAAGGAAAAAGAGAAGUGAAUUUUCUUGACGACCUUCUUUUGCUUGAUGAUCAACUAAGAACACAACUGAAAACUCGCUUUUAAGGUAGUGAGAAGCUUGCACCAUCAUUUACUUUGAUGGUGGCAGAAUUUUGACAACCUUCCCUCGGUGACUACAGGAAGUGGGGUUGCGAUUCAUUAGAUGCCUGACCAUGCGGAUCAUCUUCGUGAUUUCGUUGAUUCAACUUGGAGAUGUUGCUCUCUUUUAGUUGGUUGCAUUUCCAGCCUAAUUUCAAGACAUUGCGCAGAACUGGUUGGCUCAUCUUGUGAUAAUUUUCUCUCUAAAUUGAUUGAAGAAAAGGGAAGUCACCAUUCAAACCAUAUGCCUGUGAUGGAUUUUAUAGAUAUAACUUCAUCUGAUGAUGAGGUGGUGAGUUGGAAUGGAGAUAGUCAGAGAUCUCCCACUUCUAGGAUUCUUCCUCCAUGGGCUCCUACACAUGGCACAAAUUCAAGAACUACAGGUUUCAGUGUACAGUCUCAGAAGAUCAACUCUCCUAAAAGAGCAUAUGCUUCAAAUGGAAGCUCGUCAAAUGUUAAUACUCAUUCACAAGAAAAGCUCCAUUCGCAUCCUGGUCCUAGUAACAAUAUUAGGAUCCCAAAUCGGCAGAUUGCCCAAGUGGAGGAUUCUGACUAUUAUACAGAUAAUGGGAAUGUGAGUCAGCCUGGGACUGUUAAUUCCCGAAUUGCUAGCCUUUCUGGUGCUGACUAUGAAAAAAUUUCAUCUCAUCAGGCUCUGACUAGGACCCUUCCACCAUCUCUACAGCCAUCUGCACCAAUUAGUAAAUUAAACAGUUUAGCAGGGAAUAAGGGCAGCAGUCAGGUUCGUGAUACUUAUGACAGUACUUACCAUUCAGCAGGGCCUAGUGCAACUAGCAGCAAGGGUUAUCUGCGAGACCAGUUUAGCAGGAGCAAGAAUGAUGAAGUUAUUAUGUACGAAAACAGUGGGAAUAGGAUCCUACCUCCAUCUUUGAUGCAUGGAAAGGCUACUUUUUCCAACCAAUUUGCUGGUUCAAGUGACCCCUCAUACCGUUCCAUGGCAGGAGAAGAAAGGCCAGCUGAAAAUGAUGAGAGACUGAUUUAUCAAGCAGCAUUGGAGGAUCUAAACCAGCCAAAAGUUGAAGCUACUUUACCUGAUGGUCUUUUGUCUGUUCCUCUUCUAAGGCAUCAGAAAAUUGCAUUGGCAUGGAUGCUUCAAAAGGAAACUAGAAGUUUGCAUUGUUUGGGUGGAAUUUUAGCUGAUGAUCAGGGCCUUGGUAAGACCAUUUCUAUGAUUGCCCUUAUACAAAUGCAGAAGUUUUUGGAGUCAAAACAAAAAUCAGAAGAUCUGUGCAAUCACAAGACUGAAGCAUUGAAUCUAGACGACGACGAUGAUGAUAAUGGCACUGGUGGCGUGGAUAAAGUCAAGAAGUCUGAAGAAUUUGAUGAUUUAAAACCUAUUCCAGAAGUGAGUAGUUCUACACGGGCAUUUAGUAGGCGGAGGCCAGCAGCUGGUACAUUAGUUGUGUGCCCAGCAAGUGUUCUUCGACAGUGGGCUAGGGAGUUGGAUGAAAAAGUUACAGAUGAAGCUAAGCUUUCUGUCCUAAUCUAUCAUGGCGGCGGUAGGACAAAGGAUCCUGUUGAAUUGGCAAAAUAUGAUGUAGUUCUCACUACAUAUUCUAUCGUAACUAAUGAAGUACCGAAACAACCUUUAGUUGAAGAGGAUGAUGCUGAUGAAAAAAAUGGGGAAAUGUAUGGGUUAUCCUCUGAAUUUUCCACUAAAAAGAGGAAAAAGGCUUCUAACAUUAGUAAGAGGGGAAGGAAGGGUAAAAAAGAAAUUGAUAGUUCUGCUAUUGAUGGUGGUUGUGGUGCGCUAGCAAGAGUAGGUUGGUUUAGGGUGAUACUAGAUGAAGCUCAAACAAUAAAAAACCAUCGAACUCAAGUGGCUAGAGCGUGUUGCAGCCUGCGAGCCAAAAGAAGGUGGUGCUUAUCUGGAACACCUAUUCAAAAUGCAAUUGAUGACUUGUACAGUUACUUCAGGUUCCUAAAAUAUGAUCCAUAUGCUGUAUACAAAUCCUUUUACAAUACAAUAAAGGUACCGAUAUCCAGAAAUUCACUACAUGGGUACAAGAAACUUCAAGCGGUUUUGAGGGCUAUAAUGCUGCGUCGUACAAAAGGAACAUUGAUUGAUGGGGAGCCUAUAAUUAAGUUACCACCAAAAACAAUACACUUGACUAAGGUGGACUUCUCAACUGAGGAGCGGGACUUCUACACCAAGCUAGAAGCCGACUCGCGUUCACGAUUCAAGGCAUAUGCUGCUGCUGGUACCGUGAAUCAGAAUUAUGCAAAUAUUCUUUUGAUGCUUUUGCGCCUCCGUCAGGCUUGUGACCAUCCAUUGCUUGUCAAAGAAUAUAAAUCCGAUUUUGUUGGAAAAGUUUCUCUUGAAAUGGCAAAGAAACUACCUAGGGAUAUGCUGGUUAAUCUAUUGAAUUGCUUGGAAACUUCCUUUGCCAUCUGCCGUGUGUGCGAUGAUCCACCUGAGAACCCUGUUGUUACCAUGUGUGGCCAUGUUUUUUGCUAUCAGUGUGUAUCAGAAUAUUUGACAGGUGAUGAUAAUACAUGCCCUGUACCUGAAUGCAAAGAACAACUUGGCUCUGAAGUUGUUUUUUCCAAAGCUACUCUGAGCAGUUGUCUCUCUGAUGAUGUUAAUAGUAGUCCCAUGAGUUCUCAGUUAACAGAGAGUUCAAUAGUUAUGCAGAAUGAGUAUAGUUCAUCUAAAAUCAGAGCUGUUCUUCAGAUUUUGCGGACGCAUUGUAAUAUUCAUAGUCCCAUAGAAUGCAAUGGAAGCUCCUCGUAUUCUGAAAAUCCAUGCACUGAGAAUUUUCAUUCUGGUGUUAGUGCUACAGAGCACUCGACAUCUCACUCAAAGCCACCAGCUGAAGGACCAUUAAAAGCAAUUGUUUUUUCCCAGUGGACUAGCAUGUUGGACUUGGUGGAGAAUUCACUGAACCUGGCUUCUAUAGAAUAUAGGCGGCUCGAUGGCACAAUGAGUCUGGGUGCAAGGGAUAGGGCUGUUAGAGACUUCAACACUGAUCCAGAGGUGACUGUUAUGCUGAUGUCGUUGAAAGCAGGGAACCUUGGGUUAAACAUGGUUGCUGCAUGUCAUGUUAUUCUUUUGGAUCUUUGGUGGAAUCCAACUACUGAAGACCAAGCUGUUGAUCGAGCACACAGGAUUGGACAGACUCGUCCAGUUACCGUAUCACGGAUCACUAUCAAAAACACAGUGGAAGAUCGGAUUUUAGCUCUCCAGGAAGAGAAGAGAAAAAUGGUUGCAUCUGCUUUUGGUGAAGACCAAACUGGGGGUUCUGCAACUCGCCUAACAGUGGAAGACCUGAAAUAUCUCUUUAUGGUCUAAAAUACCAUUUUCCCAUUUACUCCAUUUUUGGAUUUUGCUCUCUUGGCAUUUGAAUCUUGAUGGCAGCAAGGUAGUAUUUAGCUGCACCUACUCUUGUAGUGGUUUAACCAGCUAAUGAGUUAUAGUGCAUCUCAGUGGUAAGUUAUAUGAGUUCUAAGGCCCAUCAAUGCAUUUUUGUUCUCAUCAAUGGCACACUUAGCGACCUAAGGCCACCUGUAAAUAUUCUAAUGAAUUUUAUUUGCGCACCAAAGAUCUAACCUUUUGUAGUUUACCUUUUCUAUUUAUUAUUGUUAAUAGUAUAUAA